CUUUAUUAAAUUGCCAGAGAACUAGGUACCAUUAAAGCCUUAGGGACUGCAAAAAUAUGAAGCAUCUUUUUGUCUGCUUCAUAAUUUUACUAGCAGCCAUCAUAGGUGAUUUGCUGGUCAUUGGAGCAGCUGGGUCAACAUAUGUAAGUGAUGAAAGCGCCAAGAGUGCCACUGAUACAAUUGUGGAGAUCAAUCAAGCAAAACACAAGCAUUUGUUCGAGGGCGACAUCGUGUUGACGGAUCAUGAUCACGUGGAUAAAACCGAGAGAGGUGAUGUCGAUGGGCCUCUUGUCAAGGACCCCAAGCGGAAUGCACAGCGCGCUCGCCAGGGCUUGUGGAAAACCAAAGUGAUUCCAUACGAGAUCUCACCAGAAUUAGCUGAUUACAUACCAAACAUCAUGGCAGCGAUAAAUGAGUUUCACCAACACACCUGUAUACGCUGGAAGCCACACAAAGCAGAAACAAACUGGGUGAAGAUGAUGAAAGAUGAAGGUUGUUGGUCUAGGGUUGGGGUCAAGUACUGGACGAGUGGGGCCCAGGUACUGUCUCUAGGCGACGGAUGCAACCACAAGGGAACGAUUAUGCACGAAAUGAUGCACGCGUCCGGAUUUUGGCACGAACAGUCCAGACCAGACAGGAACAACUACGUGGAGAUCAUGUGGGAGAACAUUGAAGAGGGAAAAGCACACAACUUCAACAAGUACGACAGAGGAUCAAUAGACAGCCUGAACAUAAACUAUGACUACGACAGCCUGAUGCAUUAUGGGAAGUCUAGUUUCAGCAAGAACGGAAAACCUACCAUCCAAGUCAUAGGCGACCCAAGCAGGAGACUGGGUCAGAGGGAUAGCUUUAGUUCCGCCGACAUCCUGGAGUUGAAUGCACUUUACGACUGUAGCGGUCCACUCGGUGGCUGGAGUAACUGGGGCGCGUUCGGUCCUUGCUCGGAAACCUGUUACAAGUAUCGUCAGCGUUUUUGCACCGCAGAAGAUAAGGCAGCCAACUGUCCAGGGGCGGAUAUGUUUGGAAUAGAAGUCGACGAGGCUCUUUGCACCCAAGAAGAAUGCAACGUACCAAUUAAUGGUCACUGGGGUCGCUGGUCGUCUUGGGGCGAAUGCAGUAGGAUGUGCGGGGACGGGGUUCACACAAGAACGAGGCUCUGCGACGAUCCAAUGCCCAGAUUUGGAGGGAAAACAUGCCAAGGUGUCUCAAGGCAAAGCGAAGUUUGCAAAGCUCGGGCAUGUGGCCUUGGCCCGGACGACUGUGAGUUUGAGGUGGACAUGUGCGGAUGGGCUCAGGAACUUAAUCCACAGCAAAACAAGUUUCGUUGGAUUAGGUGGACUGGCCCCACCCCAAGCGGUGGAACUGGACCUAAAGGCGAUCAUACCACCGGAUCAGGAUACUAUGUUUACGCUGAGGCGUCCGGUUCUUUGGACCAUGGCCAGAAAGCCAACCUCGUCAGCAAGGUCUUCCCACCCACUUCUGGCAGAUGCCUGAAGUUCUUCUACAGCAUGCACGGUUCGGGAAUGGGAAUGCUGCAGGUAUUCGUACAGGAGUCAAACUCAGGAAAGAACAUUCGGAUUUUCUUUCGAAAAGGAAGCCAAGGAAAAUCGUGGAUUGCCGGAAAUGCGACGAUUAACAGUAUAAACAACUACAAGGUCGUUUUUCAAGUAGUGCGAGGACCAGAUUUUUUAAGUGACGUUGGUCUUGAUGAUAUUUCCUUCAAAGAGCAUGCUUGUGGCGUCAUUCCGACAGUUGCGACAACAACACAGCAACACACUUCUGGGAAGCCGGCAAGCGAGCCUAAAACUACCCAGCAACCAACGACUGAAGGACCGACCACUCGACAAUCAACAACCGAGGAGCAAACAAGCCACCCACCUACAACCAAAGAACCUACGACAAAACAACCGACAACCGAAAAAGAGACGACAGAACCACCGACAACCGAAGAACCAGCGAACGAGAAACCGACAACCGAGGUACCAACUACCAAGAAACCAACCACCGAAAAACCGACAACAGAGGGGCCAACGUCUACAAAACUAACGACAACCGAGAAACAGACCACAAAAAAGUCGACAACCGAGGGAGCAAGGACCCGGCAAACGACAACGGAUAAACCAGCGACCCAGCAACCGACAACUGAGAAACCAACCACAGAUAAAGCACCAACAACCGAACAACCCACAACCAAGAAGCCAACUACUGAAGAACCUAUAACCGAGAAACCAACGACCCAACAACCCUUAACCGAGAAACCAACCACUGAAGAACCAGAAACCGAGAAAUCAACGUCUACAAAACCGACAACCAAAACAGCAACGACACAACGACCGACAACUGAAAAAAACAAAACCCAACAACCGACAACCAAGGAACAAACGACCAAACAACCGACAACUCGUACACUAACUACCAAAAAGCCGAUUACGAAGAUACCAACCACCACAAAGCUGAUUACGGAGAGACUAACGACCACAGAGCCGAUUACGAAGAGACCAACGACCAAAACGCCUAUUACGAAGAGACCAACGACCACAAAGCCGAUUACGAAGAGACCAAUGACCACUAAGCCUACUACGGAGAGACCAACGACCACUAAGCCGAUAACGAAGAGACCAACGACCAGAAAGCCAACAACAAAACCAAAACCAACAGUGUGCUUUGACGAGAAUACAUAUUGCCAUCAAUGGGCCUCAGCAGGUCACUGUCGCACUAACCCUGGCUACAUGCAUAAAGUUUGCAAAAGAAGUUGUAGGAUAUGCGGUAACGUGUGUAUGGACCAUAACAUGUACUGCCGCAAAUGGGCGUGGUAUGGCUACUGCAAGACGAGGACGGCUUACAUGUGGAAAUACUGCGCGCUAAGCUGCAACAAGUGCGACACGCAAAUGCAAGGGAAGCAAAGCAAAGCAAAGCAAAUCCAAGGGAAGUUGAUGUUAACUGAAGUUAUGUAUGCAAAGACGCUGCAUAUGCAAGUUGGUGCUUCAGCUACAGAAAUUACUGCAAGUCCUACAAGGUCCGACAUUACUGCCACAAGACUUGUGGAGUAUGCAAUUAAAUUGGAGGUCUUACUACCAAGACAGACUGACCAUAUGCUUAUCCUGGCAAUCCAUGCCAUUAUUUCCUUUAGCAUUGUUGACUAUUGAUUAAACUCGAGUUUUCAGAUCCAAA